AUGCGUAGCUCUACUUUAAGGAUUUUGGCUAGUCAACUGGUCACUAAAGGUAAAGUGACGACGACACUUGCAAAGGCGAUGGAGGUUAGAAAACUAGCUGAUAGGUUGAUAAGUAUGUCGAAGCAGGGGUCAGUUGACGCGAGACGUAGAAUUAGAGCCUACCUCGACACAGAUGAAGCUCACACAAAAGUGUCGGUAGAGUUAGCUGGAAGAUACAUGGAUCAGCAAGGAGGCUACACACGUGUGACGCGUAGUAAAAGACGAAGUGGAGACGGAGCGCAGCUUGCAGUCGUAGAGUUCGUACCGAGCGAGAGAAGCAAAACCUUUUAA